AUGUCGGCCACGGGGGAUGGAGACCCGGCCCCGGGAGGCCCAGAGGGCCCCGCGGGCGCAGCUGGAGCCCAGGCCGAGGCGGCCAGAGCCGGCGACCGGGUGAACCGCGACUCGGAGCCUCGCGGGGGCGACGCGGCGCUGGGGUGCUGGGGAGGGGCCCUGGAAGGCGGGGGCGCCGACGAGGACUCGGACAUUGGGCCGGCAGAGGAGGAGGAAGAGGAGGAAGAGGAGGAGGAGGAGGAGGCGGGGGGCCUGGACCUCGUGGUAGAAGCGCACCAGUUCCCCAUGGCGGGCUUCCGCUUCGUGUUCCUGGAGCUGGUGUACUCACUGCUGCGCCGCGUCUACUACGACGACCACUCUGUAUUAUUAUUCACUAAAGAAACAACUAAAUAUCAGGAUUAGAACGCCAAUGAAGAGGCCCAACGUGCUGAAAGUGAGGGGGAAAGAGAGAAGUUUAACAAAAAACAAGAACCUGAAAAGGAUCUGAACCCGAAAUACAGACCCAGAAAAUCCAGGUAG